AGUGAAUGUAUCUACCUAACAACCUUGAAAGUUUAGCGCGUUGUUCACGGCUACGUACGUACAAGCCGUCUAAAGCUCCCCUUCUUUUUCUCCUGUCUCGUUCUUCGUCACGAGCUCGAUAAUUCGAGCAAAGUGUACGCUCCAACAAACAACAUUCUUACCGCCUCUAUAACGAGGCUACUUUUAUUCAUCUCCCUUCUUCAUUCUCUGUAUACCUCCUUUACGCAUAAUAAUUCCCUUCUUUUUAUCUCCCCUCUUUAAUCUUCCUGGUGGUGAUAGGUUUCAUCUUGUUCUUGCGAUCGAAUGUCGCAGUACUACCAUCAACCAUACCCUUGAUGCGUUUGUUUGCGGUCGGCUCCUGAAGCUGUCUUCAACGCGGCUGAAGGGUAAAGAAGACCGACAUUACAUUCAUUCGACACUAUCAAGUUGUCGUUGCCGCUACCGUUCAUCAUGGCGCAACAACAGCAAGUGGCCCUUGAGGCCCUCGAUGUUAUAACAAGAGAUCUAAAGUCGAGAGCCGGAGACGAGAUACGAAAACAAGCAGCCAGUAAUCUAAAGGAUUUGGUUGCUGUUUGUUAUAGAGACCUUCCACCGGAACAAUUCCAUGUAUUCUAUAAUUCCGUCAACAAUAGAAUUACCAUGUUAAUGCUACACGGUAACGAUUCCUCCGAACGAUUAGGUGGUGUUUAUGCCCUCGAUGCGCUCGUCGAUUUCGAAGGUGUCGAUGUCACUGCGAAAUAUACUAGAUUUACCGCGAAUCUCAAAACCAUCUUACGAGGAAAAGAUAUCGUGCCUAUGCAACCUGCCGCCAUAGCUCUAGGCAAGCUAUGUAAACCUGGUGGUUCCUUAAUAUCCGAGUUAGUUGAAUCCGAAGUAAAAACCGCUCUCGAAUGGCUUCAGUCGGAUAGAGUAGAGGAAAAGAGAUAUAGUGCUGUCUUGGUCCUCCGCGAACUAGCCCGAAAUGCUCCUACCUUGAUGUACGCCUACGUCGGUUUAAUAUUCGACCUCAUUUGGGAAGGUCUUCGUGAUCCAAGGCAGUUAAUUCGCGCCACCUCCGCCGAAACCGUUAGUGCUUGUUUCGAAAUUAUUCGCGAGCGAGAUCAAGAAAUGAAGCAAGCAUGGAUGACCAAGAUGUAUAACGAAACAAUCGCAGGCCUUAAGAUGAAUACCGUCGAGUACAUCCAUGCAUCAUUAUUGGUAUUGAAGGAACUCCUCGAGCAAGGUGGAAUGUAUAUGCAGGAACAUUAUCAGGACGCUUGCGAGAUUGUUUUCCGCCAUAAAGAUCAUCGCGAUGUAACCAUACGUAAGACCGUAGUGGUACUCAUUCCUGUCCUUGCGAUAUAUUCGCCGAACGACUUCUCUCAUGCCUACCUUCACAAGUUCAUGGUAUAUCUUUCCGGCAUGCUGAAGAAGGAUAAGGAACGAAACGAUGCCUUCUUGGCUAUUGGAAGUAUCGCCAACUCGGUUAAAAGUUCGAUCGCGCCGUACCUCGAUGGUGUUCUUAUUUACGUUCGAGAAGGCUUAAGCGUCCAAUCUCGAAAACGAGGUUCCGUCGAUCCAGUCUUUGAUUGCAUUAGUAGACUUGCUGCUGCGGUUGGUCAAACACUCAGCAAGUAUAUGGAAGCUCUACUGGAUCCUAUCUUUGCUUGCGAACUCACUCCAAAGUUAACCCAGGCAUUAGUCGACAUGGCCUUCUACAUACCACCAGUGAAAGCGACCAUCCAAGAAAGGCUACUUGAUAUGCUAAGUAGGGUCUUAUGCGGAGAGCCAUUCAAACCUUUAGGGGCUCCUACUCCAAACACAUUAUCAGCUGUUCCCAUCAUCCCGAAGGAUGCCAAGGAUCCUCAAGCUUAUGAACACCGAAAAGCUGAAGUGAAGCUGGCAUUGAACACAUUGGGAAGCUUCGACUUUUCAGGCCACAUUCUUAACGAAUUCGUUCGUGACGUGGCCAUUAAAUAUGUCGAUGACGAUGAUCAUGAAGUUCGUGAAGCUGCCGCCCUUACAUGCUGUCAACUUUACGUACGAGAUCCUAUUGUGAAUCAAACGAGCUAUCAUGCAUUACAAGUUGUCGGUGAUGUCAUCGAGAAACUACUAACCGUAGGUGUAUCCGACCCCGAAUCGAAAAUACGUGAGACUGUUCUAGCAGCUCUUGAUGAACGAUUCGAUCCUCACCUUGCCAAAGCGGAGAAUAUCCGUACACUCUUCUUCGCCCUAAACGAUGAGGUGUUUGGUAUCAGAGAAGUAGCUAUAUCCAUCAUAGGACGCCUUGCGCGUUAUAAUCCAGCCUAUGUCAUUCCAUCCCUACGCAAGACUCUAAUUCAAAUGCUCACGGAACUCGAGUUUUCGGAUGCCCCACGUAACAAAGAAGAGAGCGCGAAACUUCUUAGUCACUUGGUACAGAAUGCCCAAGGAUUAAUCAAACCAUACGUCGAACCCAUGAUCUCAGUGCUUCUCCCAAAAGCUGCUGAUACAAAUCAUGCCGUCGCAGCUACUAUUCUCAAAGCAAUCGGCGAACUUGCAACAGUUGGAGGUGAAGACAUGCUUCCCUAUAAGGACAAGCUUAUGCCGAUCAUCAUUGAUGCGUUGAAAGAUCAUGCCUCCAACGUCAAACGUGAAGCGGCUCUACACACGUUAGGUCAACUUGCGAGUAACUCCGGUUACGUUAUUGAUCCUUACCUCGAAUAUCCGGAACUUCUCGAUCUUCUUCAACACAUCAUUCGAGCCGAACCUCAAAGAGGACCUCUGCGACAAGGCACGAUUAAGCUUAUGGGAAUUUUAGGUGCACUGGAUCCCUACAGACAUCAGCAAGUCGAAGAACGAGCCCCUGAUGCUAGACGACGUGUCGAAACCAACCGAAUGACCGAUAUAUCACUAAUGAUGACAGGUUUAACUCCGUCGAAUAAGGAGUAUUAUCCUACUGUUGUCAUUAACGCUCUUCUGAACAUCCUCAAAGAUAGUUCUCUGGCUCAACAUCACGCUGCGGUCAUUGAAGCUAUUAUGAACAUCUUCCGUACUCUUGGGUUAGAAUGCGUUUCUUUCCUAGAUCGUAUUAUUCCGGCAUUCCUAGAGGUGAUAAGAGAUUGUCCACCAGGCCGGCUCGAAUCCUAUUUCAAUCAAUUAGCGACUCUUGUCAGCAUUGUGCGUCAACACAUCCGAAAUUAUCUACCCCAGAUAAUUGAAACACUUCACAAUUACUGGAAUACAUCACCCUCGCUACAAGCUACCAUAUUAUCGUUAAUUGAGGCAAUUUCGAGAUCGUUAGAAGGAGAAUUCAAGAUCUAUUUAGCAGGUUUACUACCAGCUAUGCUUGGUGUCUUGGAAAAGGAUUCGACUACGAAACGAAUUCCUUCCGAAAAAGUCUUACAUGCCUUUCUUGUUUUCGGAUCCAGCAGUGAAGAAUACAUGCACCUUAUCAUCCCGGUGGUGGUACGUACGUUUGAGAAACAAGGUCAACCGACAUUCCUACGCAAGUCCGCUAUUGAAACUGUGGGCAAGAUAUCCCGUCAAGUCAAUCUAAACGAUUACGCGGCCAAAAUUAUCCAUCCAUUAACUCGAAUCCUUGCUAGUGGAGAGUCGUCACUACGAGUAGCAGCACUAGAUACGUUGUGCGCUCUCAUCCAACAACUUGGAAGGGAUUAUCUACAUUUCAUGGGGACUGUUACCAAGGUCUUACAAGGUAACCAAAUUCAACACCAAAACUACGAGCUACUAGUCAGCAAGUUGCAAAAGGGAGAAGCUCUACCACAGGAUCUAAGCUCAGAAACACGAUUUAUCGACCAACUAGAUGAACCAUCCUUUGCCGACCUUGGAAACAAGAAACUCGAGAUGAAUGCGAUACAUCUAAAAGCUGCUUGGGAUACUAAGGGUAAAUCGACCAAGGAAGAUUGGCAAGAAUGGCUUCGUCGAUUUAGUACCACCCUCCUAACCGAAUCACCAAAUCAUGCCCUACGAGCCUGUGCUGUUCUAGCUAGUGUACAUUUACCACUAGCUCGUGAGUUAUUCAACUCGGCUUUUGUGUCUUGUUGGAGCGAGUUAUACGAACAAUUCCAAGAUGAACUCAUCCAAAACAUCGAGAACGCUAUACGCUCGGAGAAUGUACCACCAGAUCUACUUGGACUCCUACUCAAUCUGGCUGAGUUCAUGGAACAUGAUGACAAAGCUUUGCCUAUUGAUAUUAGGGUCCUCGGAAGGGAAGCCGCUCGUUGUCAUGCAUAUGCGAAAGCUCUCCACUAUAAGGAGUUGGAAUUCCUACAAGAUCAAAGUGGACCAGCUGUAGAAGCCUUGAUUGUUAUAAACAACAAGCUUCAACAAUAUGAUGCCGCUAUAGGCAUUCUUCGCAAGGCGCAGCUCUACAAAGAUGGCAUUCAGCUUAGAGAGACAUGGUUUGAAAAAUUAGAGCGAUGGGAAGAGGCCUUACAAUUCUACAACAAGAGAGAAUCGGAAAUGCCACGAGAUCAAGCAGUUCCUCUUGAUAUUGUUAUGGGCAAGAUGCGUUGUUUACAUGCUCUUGGCGAAUGGGAUGCUUUGGCCAACUUAACAAGUAACACAUGGGCAAAUUCGGCACCGGAAAUUCAAAGACGUAUUGCCCCUCUAGCGACUGCGGCCGCUUGGGGUCUAGGCAAAUGGGACUCGAUGGAUAACUACCUACACUCCAUGAAGAAGUCUUCACCUGAUCGUUCAUUCUUCGGCGCGAUACUAGCGUUACACCGCAACCAAUUCCAAGCUGCUGCCAAAUGCAUCCAGCAAACCCGGGAAGGUCUUGAUACCGAAUUAAGCGCCCUCGUGAGCGAAUCUUACAAUCGUGCUUAUCAGGUUAUUGUUCGGGUACAGAUGCUUGCAGAACUCGAAGAGAUUAUUGUAUAUAAGCAAGCAGAUGAGAGGAAGAAAAUCACCAUGCGUCGUACGUGGGAGAGUCGUCUGAAAGGAUGUCAAAGAAACGUGGAAGUCUGGCAACGAAUGCUUAGGUUACGUGGAUUGGUCAUCACUCCAGCUGAGAACAUGCAUAUGUGGAUCAAAUUUGCGAACCUCUGUCGAAAAUCUGGAAGAAUGGGAUUAGCCGAGAAAUCCCUCAAGCAACUCAUCGGUACAGAACAAUCUCUCGAAACAAUAAUACCGUAUUGGAGUCUAGAUGGCCAAUCUCAACUACAAGGGGCAACUAGGAUUCCACCCCAGGUUAUUUACGCCGUCUUGAAAUUCUAUUGGGAAUACGGUCAAGGAGCGAAAUUACGACAGACUGGUCAUCCUGAAAAGACACUAUACUGUCUCCGAAAGUUCACGAAUGAGUCCGCUCAUGGUCUUGAAAUGGCUAGAGCUGCCAUACAGACCGCACCCAAUGGAAUCGACGCGAUGAGCGACUAUGGUUUCCAUAACGCGGUAGAUACUGGAAUGCCUAGCGUAAGGGCGCAAAAGAUCAUUCAAGAUCAGACAGUUCUUCUCGCCAAAUGUUUCCUAAAACAAGGAGAAUGGCAAGUAGCAUUGAAUAAGCAUGACUGGCAGAAUCAUAACGUCCAAGAUAUUCUAACAUCCUACUCGAAAGCCACACACUACAAUCCGAAGUGGUACAAGGCUUGGCAUGCAUGGGCUCUAGCAAAUUUCGAAAUUGUACAAGCUCUUACACCUCCUGGUGAUAGGAAUGCCCCGAGAGCAGAUGCUUCCAUCAUUAUCAAUCAUGUUGUACCUGCUGUUCAAGGCUUUUUCAAGUCUAUCGCAUUAUCGUCAGGAAGUUCCCUUCAAGAUACAUUACGUCUCCUCACAUUGUGGUUCGCUCACGGUGGCAGCAGCGAGGUCAACGCUGCAGUAACGCAAGGAUUCGGUACUGUCAGUGUUGAUACAUGGUUAGAGGUGAUCCCUCAAUUAAUCGCGCGUAUCAACCAACCCAAUACCCGAGUUCGUCAAUCUAUUCACAACUUACUCGCCGAUGUUGGACGUAACCACCCUCAAGCCUUGGUCUAUCCACUCACCGUAGCGAUGAAGUCGGCUCAGAGUUCUAGAAGAUCCAAGUCGGCAGCAUUGAUUAUGGAUAGUAUGCGUGCGCAUAGUGCCAAGCUAGUCGAACAAGCCGACACGGUCAGUCAUGAGCUUAUUCGGGUCGCAGUAUUAUGGCAUGAACUUUGGCAUGAAGGCCUUGAGGAAGCUUCUCGAUUGUACUUUGGUGAUCAUAACAUUGAAGGCAUGUUUGCUACACUCGGACCAUUACAUGAAUUGCUUGAACGUGGUCCCGAAACGCUACGUGAGAUAAGUUUCGCGCAGACUUUUGGUCGGGAUCUUACGGAAGCACGAGAAUGGUGCCGCCAAUACGAAAGUAGCCACGACGUCAAUGAUCUCAAUCAAGCAUGGGAUCUAUAUUACCAAGUAUUCCGUCGAAUCGGCAGACAACUUCCACAGAUGUCAUCGCUCGAAUUGGCGUAUUGUUCUCCGAAAUUGCUAGCCGCCAAAAACCUUGACCUUGCUGUACCUGGAACGUACCGUAGUGGUGCUCCUAUCGUUCGCAUAUUAUCAUUCGAUACGACAUUCAGCGUGAUCAAUUCGAAACAACGACCUAGAAAAGCAAACACCAACGGUAGCGAUGGAAAUUCAUACGCUUUCCUCCUCAAGGGACAUGAGGAUAUUCGACAAGAUGAACGUGUCAUGCAAUUAUUCGGCUUAUGCAAUACUCUACUCGCUAACGAUUCAGAAUGUUACAAACGCCAUCUGGGUAUUCAGAGAUACCCAGCAAUUCCUCUUAGCCAAAAUUCAGGUCUCCUAGGCUGGGUACCAAAUAGCGACACCUUACACGUACUUAUCCGCGAAUACCGGGAAAGCCGCAAGAUCCUCCUUAAUAUAGAGCAUCGCAUUAUGUUACAGAUGGCACCGGACUACGACAAUUUAACCUUGAUGCAAAAAGUCGAGGUAUUCGGUUACGCAUUAGAUAACACUACCGGUCAAGAUUUGUAUCGUGUCCUAUGGCUAAAGAGUAAGAGUUCUGAGGCAUGGCUUGAAAGACGAACCAACUACACACGAAGCUUAGGUGUCAUGAGUAUGGUCGGCUAUAUCCUUGGUUUAGGUGAUAGGCAUCCUAGCAAUUUGAUGCUAGAUCGUAUCACCGGAAAGAUUAUUCAUAUCGACUUCGGCGAUUGUUUCGAAGUUGCCAUGAAACGAGACAAGUACCCCGAAAGAGUACCAUUCCGUCUCACGAGAAUGCUUACAUAUGCUAUGGAAGUUAGCAAUAUUGAAGGUAGCUUCCGAAUCACAUGUGAACAUGUCAUGCGUGUACUUCGCGAAAACAAGGAGAGUGUAAUGGCCGUCUUGGAAGCCUUCAUUCAUGAUCCCUUACUAACAUGGCGCCUUACCAAUGCUGCCUCCCCCGUUGGUCCUAAUUUCCGUUCCGAACGAGAAGUCUCUUUAGGUGCUGGUGCUCAACGUGCUCGAAGACCAAGUAUCUUAGACGCAGAACAUCCACCUUCCGAAUUCCUCGCCCAACAACCCGCUGGAACCACAGACACAACCCACCCUGGUGGUCCUCCUGGAUCUCGUGCCCGAGCUCGUACGAACUCAAGCUUAAUCAAUGGUAUUGGCCAAAUACUUGAAGGGGAAAUGGCCGAAAUACAAAAUGCUCGUGCUGUUGAGGUAUUGGACCGCGUAAAUCAAAAAUUAACCGGUCGCGAUUUUAAGCCGACCGAAGAACUUGACGUCGUUACACAAGUCAAUAAGUUGAUUAUGGAAGCAACAAAACUAGAGAACCUAUGCCAACAUUAUAUUGGUUGGUGUUCAUUCUGGUAGAUCCAUAUUACCCUUUUGAUUUUUACUACUUGUUGCAAAAGAAGGAUUCCCUAAAUGUAUUCUCAAGGAGGAAUGGGAUUAUUCUGGAGUUGGUGUGGGGUGAUGAACUUGACGGAAAGGAUGGAAAGAUGGUUUCCCAUGAAUACCAGGUACCUAAUGUAUCUGAUUCGAAUUUAUGACUAGAUUAUUUCGAAUCAAGUUUUGAUGCUUUGAUAUUAUGGUAUCGCAAAUAGUCAAGUAUCGAGCUAGACGUCAUGAAUUGAUUGUUAAGUCGUCCCUAAACCUGAUGUCUUGGUCCUAAUGAAUAUGCUAGAGUUAAUUCUAUGGAUGAGAUGUCUGGAGCAUAGAAAGAUGUACCCAUCGAUGUUCAUAUCAAACAAGUUACCUCGUCGUUCUAUCAUCGCAUGUAAAGAAGUGUACGAUAAGGAUAUCCUAGUUAGCUUAAUGAUGGUAGAAUGAACAUGAGCCAGAAUAGACAGCGACAUAUUACCGUAGCACGUCCUUACUAUUAUUGAAUGCGAAAUCUUACAAUAACUUCGCCGAACUACUCACCUCAAGUUCUUUUCGCGAUCGUCUAUCUAGGUA